CUACUUGUAAUAAUAGUCUUAAUGGAAGAGGAGCUGAAUCAAUACAUCAAGACAGCUGUUAACAGAUUAUUUUAAUGGAGUCUAAACAGCUUUUCUUUUCUCUCAGUUUGGAAUUUAAAAAUCUCUACAAAUGACAAGAAUGGUUAAGUUGCGUCUCUAUAUACAUCAAAAUAUGAGUUCUUGUGCAAACGCCCUGCUCACAAGAGGUCACAAAACCUCAACCUAGAAGAUAUCUGCUGCAAGACUUCCAUGAAAUUGUUCUUCUUAAGACACUAGGAGGCUGCUACGGGUCACAGUUCCAUGGUACUUAAAGACCUAAGGAGAACGACGAGGGUAAGCAGACAAUCACUCUUGUGAGUCUGGAUGAUUUCCAACUAUACAAGAGAAUCAACAACUGGACAUGUCAUCACUCUUAAAGGAAGACAUGGAAAAAAAACUUUUCAAACCUUUGGGACAGGCUUUGUAUGAGUUCAUCGAGACAAGGUCCAAAAGCAAGGAAAGGUUUUAUUUGUGUGCUUCAGUGGCUAAGGAGGAGGAAGUUCAUAUAUCCUUGGUGAGACACUACAGAGUUUGUUUAGAUGAGAAAUAUGAAGUGGCCGAGAUGUGGUUUCUGAAAGAUCUUCAAUAUAUUGAUGGUAAAGAACCAGAUACUGACAACCCACAUUUCGAUAUGAUGUUUGAUGAAGUCUGCAAUGUGGAAGCCUACAGCUGUGCCUCCAAGUACGCCUUUGCUCGAAGUUUAAUUAAGCUGAACACUCUCCAUACAAAGAGGGACAUCAAGGUGUUAAAUUUUGACUCCUCCUACAUAGAAGAGGGUGUCAUCUGGUCUUCAAACAACGGGGACUGCUUAGUACUUAUGAGAAUAUGUUUUUACGCUUCCAAUCUUCUUUGUUUAUCUUUAUGUCCUAUGCCAUAGGCUACAUGGUAAGCAGCAAAAAGGUUACCAAAUCUCUUAAAAGUCACAAGUGACCUGUUGUUAGGUCUGUCUAAAUUAACUAUUCUAGUGUUAGAGCAUGCACAAUCCAGGUUGUAGGCUACGUGAGUUAUGUCAGUCAGAUUGUUACUGAACUUUUUUAGGGGCUAAUAUAUUAUGGGAAUAUGCUAAAGGCAAUACUUAGUCUAAACUGAGGUGAAUGUUAAGUAAAUGACAAGCAUAAGACUAGGCAGGAAUACCUCUUAUGUCUCAUGUAAAAAGGUACAAAGUAGAAUAAUAAAGGUAAAUCAUUAAGACAUUUAAAAAAAUUAACUUUUUCAUGAAGAAAAAUAACAAUCUAUCCCUCUAAGAACAAUAGAGUUGGACAAUUGAAAUCUUUUCUCUAACCAAACACUAUCUGUCAGUUGAGGGGAGAGUUGUCAGGCCCCCAUACACAUUAGUCAGUCAGUCAGUCCCACUAAAGUCGGCAGAUUUGGUAAACUUUUCACUAAUGUGUAAGGGCACCUUAAAUGUUAUAAGAUAAAAUUCACAUUCAAGUCAUUACCAAUUAUUUCUGUGGUUCCGACACCUUAAGCCACCCUCACCCUAUACCUAAAUCUAAGGUGUCACAGCACUUUCUUAACCAUCUGAACCAUUUUGUAUCUAGUUGAAUAUUAUGACGGUAGCAUCGAACAUAAGGGUCACUGUUUUCUAAGAAACACCACACUUUGGCUAUUCAGACGUUUCUCUAAAACGCAUAAUAGAAUGCAACAGUUUUGGCAAUUGGUUGGAUUCUGAAUUGUGUCUAUUAUGGGAGUUGUGACAUCAGUUGU